AUGGCCAAGAAGUCGAAGUCUAAGGUGGACACGAUCAACACCAAGAUCCAGCUGGUGAUGAAGUCUGGCAAGUACGUGCUCGGCACACAGCAGACCCUCAAGACCCUCCGCCAGGGCCGCAGCAAGCUUGUUGUGAUCUCCGGCAACUGCCCGCCGAUCCGCAAGGCGGAGAUUGAGUACUACUGCACGCUGAGCAAGACGCCCAUGCACCACUACACCGGGAACAACCUUGACCUCGGCACUGCGUGCGGCCGCCACUUCCGCACCUGUGUGAUGUCGAUCACUGACGUGGGUGACUCUGAUAUCACCUCUGCGUAA